AUGUCGACUCUCAAUCUUGCUCACACGCCAGCGGCAGAGGCUCCACCUGGAAUGGUUUCGAACCUGCAAAAUCCUCACAUCAGAAACCAUGCGCCAACAUUCGUACUUGCAAUAUUCGGCAUGUGCAUAGCAACAAUGUUGCUGACUAUGCGCAUCUACACAAAAGCAGUGCUGGCCAGGAUAUUCGGUAUCGAUGAUGUGUUUCUACUCUUCGCAUGGGCUAUGUCAUUAGUAGUUCAGAUUUUCAUCCUCUACUUGAAGGCUGCCGGUCUCACAGGAGUGCACAUCUGGGACAUCUCUCUGGCUGACUUGAAGCAUGUCGUGCUCAUCACCACAGCCAUCAGCAUCGUCUACCUCGCAUUCAUGGCGUUCGCAAAGUUUUCAAUUCUGAUAUUCUAUAUGCGACUUUCACCACAGAGAUGGUUCAAGUAUGCGGUCUACGCUACAAUGGCCCUGACUGCAACAUUCAGCCUCGUCCUGAUGCUGUGUUUGGCAUUCGCAUGCAUUCCACUCAAGCGCGUGUGGGACCCGACAAUUACCGAAGGCCAUUGCAUCAAUCGUGGAAAUGUGUUUAUGGCCACCGCUGGACUGAACGCAGCGACAGACAUAAUCAUGCUGUUUCUUCCCAUGCCUAUCGUCUUCAAGUUACAAGUCCCACGAGUACAGAAGAUUGGCCUGGUAGUGAUCUUCAGUGUCGGCUCAAUCACAGCAGCGACAAGCAUCGUUCGCCUCGUGCUCAUGCCGCCUCUCAUCGCCAAUCUUGACAUGCCCUGGGCACUAACAACGCCUUCUUCCUGGAUUUGUAUCGAAGCUAACCUCGUGAUCAUUUGUGGCUCCUUGCCCAUUCUGCGACUCUUUUUAAAGCACACCUGGCCUCGAUUGAUCGGCGAGACAAGCUACGGGACUGGCCGAUCCAAGAUUACUGGGCAACCAGGAAGCGAGUCAGCGGAACUCUCCAAUCUCGAGAGAAGCAGAAACGGACGGCCGAAGAGGUACUCUCGUAUGAACGAUUUUACCCGAGGCGAGACUUUGAUGGAGGAUGAGCGAGAUGGGAGUGAGACGUUCAUCAUUGAUGAUAAAGAGGCAAGUUCUUGGCAACUUCAUCAGUCCCAUCCAAGCUAA